AUGGAGGGAGGAAAAAAAGACAACUCGAGAAAAAUUAGUAUUUUCUACCUUCAGAAAUUAAUGGCCAUGAGUUCGUAUAUGGUGAACUCUAAGUAUGUGGAUCCCAAAUUUCCUCCAUGCGAGGAAUAUUCACAAAAUAACUAUAUACCUGAGCAGGGCUCGGACUACUACAGUCCAUCGCAGGACUCAGACUUUCAGCAUCCAGGGAUCUACCCCCGGUCAAACUACACGGAGCAGCCCUUCAGCUGCAGCACUGUGCCGGACCCGAGCGUGCAGCAGCAACACCGGGGUCAUGUGCACGACAGAUCCGGCCACUCGAGCCCUUGUGGCGGACAGACUGAGCAGGGGGCCACAGUACAACUGUCCGGACCCCGGACUUGUGGACAGCAGCAAAACACAAAGAGCCAGAAUGGGAUACAAGCCAAGCAGCCUGCAGUAGUUUACCCCUGGAUGAAGAAAGUCCAUGUAACUACUGGUAAGACUUCUUCCUCCUCUUCCUCUUCUUCUUCUUCUUCUUUACUUGUGGAGCAGCUUACUUUAAGAAUCACUCAGUGUAAUAUUUAUGGGAGUCUUUUAAAGGCCUCGCCAAUUACACAAGUCAUAAAUUUUUAUAGCUCAGGAAAUAGGCCGCUAGGUGAGCGCCUGAAAGCUACUCAAAACACAUAUUGACCGGUUGUAAUGGCGUUUAAAUCUGCUGCAAAUCUCCUUGAAUUUACUUUAAAAUCAGCCCUCACUUCCUUGUUUUAGUUCCUCGUGAAUUCUUCGAGAAGUUUGAGCGCCAAGAGUCUAGAGAAAAAAAAACCCUCCUCUUGUUCUGCUUGUUUGCUCAUGGCAACAACUACUGACUUUUCUGCGUCUCUUUCUUCUUUCUUUCCUCCUUAUAAAGUCAACCCGGACUACACGGGAUCGGAGCCCAAGCGCUCCAGGACAGCUUACACCCGGCAGCAGGUUCUGGAGCUGGAGAAGGAGUUUCAUUUUAACAGGUAUCUGACUAGGCGGCGGAGGAUCGAGAUCGCCCACACUCUGUGUCUGUCCGAAAGGCAGAUCAAAAUCUGGUUUCAGAAUAGACGCAUGAAAUGGAAGAAGGAUCACAAACUGCCCAACACCAAAGGCAGAUCAGCACCAGCCUCCAGCCAUCUGCAGAGCAUGCAGAAGGACAACCAGACUGAUAUCACAGCGUUAUAA